UGUUUUACAGUUUGUUCAGAGCGAAACUUGUCGUAAAGUUGUGAUUGUCUUUGGUUUUCCUGCGAUGAAUGUGGAGUGUUGACUCUCUAAUAUUGUAAUAACAUAAGUGUUGCUCAUUCUUAACUAUUCGCACAUCAUCAUGUCAAGCUUUUUGAGUCGCUAUGGCAGGCCAAUGCUGUACGGUAUCGUGGCUGCGUCUGGUGCGCUCUAUUUGUGGUAUCAAUUCUCCAGGAAAAAACAAACUAAUGUCGACGAGUUGAUAGGAUUGGAGCGCAGAAGAAGAGUCGAGAAACUGGUCGAAUUACGAGACAAAUUGGAACAACUUCUUGGUUCUUUAGAUAACUUUGAACCUGAAACUCCUGAUACUGAAGAUGAUGAGGUAGGGCUGUGGUUUUAUGCAGCUAUUUUGAGAAUGUUUGUUGUACAAAAGAGUAAUUUUAACCAUUAUACAAGACCCAAGGGUGGUGGUGCAGUGGCCUUGUGGUUGGGGAACUUCAUAAAUCCGGUCCAAGAUCUUAAAGUUAAUGACGAAAACGGUUUCCCCAGAGAACCGCCUCACCCCACCCCACCCCACCCCACCAGGUCAGGACUGGCGCCUUCCCAUGAUUCCCGAAAUGUUUUACAGUUUGUUCAGAGCGAAACUUGUCGUAAAGUUGUGAUUGUCUUUGGUUUUCCUGCGAUGAAUGUGGAGUGUUGA